AUGUCGGGCAACAUUGGUGUGGCAAGAAUAUGUGUGAAGGCGACAGAGGAAGCAAGCGAAGCAACUAGUGAAUCUAAUGAAUCAACGGGGCAAGCUGAGCUACCUACCGCCCCUCCACCAUUCAACCCCCGACAAGCGAUAGCAAAUGUUGUGGAGUAUCAGGAGGCGCAUCCGGAAUUUGCAGCAGGCAUUGCUACAUGGAUUACCAUUGGAAUCAUCUUGUUCAUUCUUGGGCUGCUAUUGUUCCUGUAUAGCGAAAUACAGGCUGUGUUAGUUGUACGAGACCAGGAUUUCAGAGCAAAGCUUGUCAGUCUUAACUAUAUGAUGGAGGGAAAGAACAUCGACGACUUGAACAAGGAGGAGAAUGCAACAAUGAGAUUCAGGCCCUACUUGUCGAUUCUUUCUAUGCUUCUUAUCUUCAUCUCUCUCGCUUGCUUGUUUUACCCUCUUUGUGAUAUUCUGAAUGUCGUUGGUUUACCGUCGGCACCUUGCUUGCUGAUCGUCUCGUUUGGCGCUUUGUUUGCUUCCAUUUGCAUAGCCACAUUCUUCAUGUUCGUUGUGUGGUCGUGCACACGGACCUAUGCCGCUCUCGUUUUCCUCCUCAUAUCAGUUUCUGGAUCGUUCCUCCUUCCUACGGGGAACCCAAUAUUGCUGCUAUUGUGGAUGACAGUAACAUUUGGAGGUGGAGCCGCAUAUUUCUGGUUUGUGCCAGAUCACUAUCAGAAAAAUCCUUUGAAAGACUCUGCGAAUGGAAAGCCAUCAUGGCUGCAGGAUAUCGGAGACUUUAGCAUCUCGACAGAUGGCAACGAGAUCGUGAAUGCCAUCCACGAGAAGAUUGAGACGGAGGGUAAAAGGUUUAAGAAGGAAAAAGUAUAA